AUGGAUGGUGGUGUGUCUACCGCAGCCAAAGAAGAGUACUUUCUAGUUCGAGGCCUCGAUGAAGAUGCCCGACAGCUGCAGAGGACUUUGGGGAUGAUUCAAGCCUACUUGAGCGACGCUGAGAACAAGUCCAUCACCCAACAUGCUGUCAAGAUCUGGUUGGGGGAGCUUGAAGCUGUGGCUUUCGAUGCGGAUAAUGUCUUGGACGAACUCAGCUAUCAUUUUCUCCACAAAAAAGUCAAGAAAAUGAUGGCACCCAAAGCGAAGGAUAAGGUAAUAUCGUCCUUCUCAUCCUUUAAUCGUGUUUCACGUAGGCAUAAUAUGGCUCAUACAAUCAAACAAAUCAAUACCACUUUUGAGGCUAUGAAUAAAAGGGCAUCAGAUCUUGGCCUUCAAAGCAUGGUUGUGAAUGCUCCUGUUCUUGCUGCUCAUACUUCGUUGGAGACUGAUUCGUUCAGUCUUGAUCCAAUCUUUAUUGGAAGAGAUGAUGAUGUGCCUAAACUAGUUGACUUGCUCACCCAAACCCGCCCAAAGGAACGGAUCUUCUCAAUCCUUGCUCUUGUGGGAAUGGGGGGUUUGGGGAAGACUACGUUGACUAGGAAAGUAUUUAAUCAUGAAAGAGUAAAGGCUCGAUUCGGAUCACAUAUUUGGGUUCAUGUUUCUCAAACUUUUGAUCCCAUCCUUCUUUUAAGAAAAAUCCUUUUGACAUUGACACCAGAUAUUGGUGAUGGGAUUCAGAGUAGGGAAGUUAUCUUGAAAAAGCUUCAAGAAGCUCUCGUGGCGAAAACCUUUCUUCUUGUUCUUGAUGAUAUCUGGAAUGAAGAUAUUCCUAAGUGGGAAGACUUUAUAAAUUCCAUUUCAGGAGUCACUUCUACUAAGGAAAAUGGCAUUAUCAUCACCACAAGGAAAGAAAAGGUUGCUUCGAUUGUUAUCCCGCUUGAAAUUCAUCAUUUAAAUGGAUUAUCAGAUGAUGAUUGCUGGUACAUAAUCAAAGCAAAAAAUUUUGAUGGAAAUGGAGAAGUUCCAUCGGGAUUUGAGAUGAUUGGAAGAAAGAUUGCAAAAGCAUGUCAGGGUUUGCCCUUAGAUGCCAAUGUAGUCGGGGGUGUGCUCCGUUAUAAGUCCGUAGAAGAGUGGCAUUUCAUGAGUGAAAAUUGGCUUUCAGAUGAAGAAGGAGGUCAAAAUAUAAAAAAUAUACUAAAAUUGAGCUUUGAUGAUCUGUCGCCACCAUCACUCAAGAAAUGCUUUGCGUAUUGUUCGGUUUUCCCCAAAGGUCAAGAAAUCGUGAAGCAGGAGCUGAUUGAACUAUGGAUGGCAGAGGGGUUUCUUCAACCAAGCCGAAGAUAUGACAUGGAGUCUGUAGGCAACAUGUUAUUUAAUGUGCUUCUACACAACUCUUUGUUGCAAGUUGCACAAAGAGAUAAAGAUGGAAAUGUUAGAAAAUGUGUGAUGCACGAUCUUGUGCAUGAUCUUGCAUCUUCUGUUUUAUCUAAUAAUGCACAUGUUAUCACACCAGUUCGAUACAUGUUUCUCGAAGAAAGAUCAAGUACUAUUCCCAAAGAAGUAGCCACGCAUUUGCGUACAUUUUUCUCAAGAGGUGUACGUUAUGGUAACAUGUUCCCAGACUUCAAAUGUUUGCGUAAUCUAACUCUUUAUGGUGGUGAUUAUACCGAGUUGCCCAAAUCACUAAGGAAGUUGAUACAUUUGAGAAAUCUUGAUAUUUCAUGUACAAUAAUUAGAAACUUGCCGGAGUGGAUCAAUACACUCCAUCACUUGCAGACAUUAAGAGCAGACUCAUGGGUACUAAAGAAAUUACCAAGUACGUUGAAAUAUUUGAUUAACUUAAGGCAUCUUUAUAUCGCCAUUGAUUCAGAGAUAGAGUUUCCUGCCGAGAUUGGGAGAUUAACUAGUCUCCAAACACUACCAUAUUUUAAAGUGGGCAAAGAGAAAGGCUACCAAAUUGAAGAGCUUGGAAGUUUGAAGAGUCUUAAAGGAGAAUUAUAUAUUGGAAAUCUUGAAAGGGUGCGUGACAAGGAAGAGGCACUUAAAGCAAACAUAUUUGAGAAUCCAAACUUAUUUCAUUUGAAGUUUUCUUGGAGUGCUGAGAAAGAAAAUGAGAGAAAUGAUGAGAGUGUGUUGGAAGGCCUGCAACCUCAUGCAAAUUUGCGGACGUUGGCAAUUUUUGGAUUCCAAGGCAAAAGACUUGGAUCAUGGUGUGAGAAGAUGGCGGUACGUGAUGGGCCUCGAGGCUCUUGGGUACCACUUCACAACUUGAUUGGGAUAUCACUCUCGAGCUGCUCAGAAAUUGAGGAAAUCCCAAUGGUGGAGCACUUGCCGAAUCUCAAAAGUCUUUGUUUGUUGGGACUGAAAAAGGUGAGGUUCGUAAAUUCUUCAUUAAAUUUAAGGUCCCUCCGUAUAAAACGAUUAGAGAGAUUGGAAUGUCUACCAGAUUGCUUAUUCUAUAACAAUCCCAACCUCUCAUAUUUGGAGAUAAGCGAAUGUCGUUUGUUGAGAGCAUUACCAGAUGGACUGGACACCCUCAAUUCACUUGAUCAAUUGACUAUAGAAGACUGCAAAAAUCUGAAGUCGAUUGGGAAUCCAAUGGGCGGAACAGGACAACAUCGAGGAGUCCUCCAUCGCUUGAGUAUUAUAAGGUGCCGAGAGCUGGUGGAAUUGCCACCUCAAAUGCUAGAUUUGUGGGCGCCCACAAUAGAGUUUCUCCAAUUGGAGGAAUUAAGAAGCCUAAAGAAUCUACCAAUGCUGAUUGACUGUCUCUCUAAAUCAUCUACUCGUCUCAAUGAGUUGAGAAUAGUAGGUGUUCCUAACUUGAUGGCUGCCGGUAGUGUUGAGAGUUCGGGUUUAGGCAGCUUGUCUAAAUUAGUGAUAGAUGUGAGUGUGAACUGGUCAAGGGAGGAUUGUGAUGCCAUUGAACACACAGUUGAUGCCUUAUUGGAAGGAUGUCGCGACUCACUUUCUCGGUUAAAGUUAAGAGGGGUGGAAAACUGUGAGUGGCUGCCCCAAUCAAUUCAGCAUCUCACUGCUCUUGAUAGUUUGAAGUUGGAGAAUGUAGGGGUACAAGAAUUUCCCCUGUGGUUCGGGGACCUCUCGUGUCUAUCGAAGUUGAGCAUACAUGGCUGCAAAAAGGUGAGGAGUCUGCCCUCAGUGAAUGCUCUGAAGAGUCUCACUCAAUUAAAACGGUUGGAAAUUAAAGAUUGCCGGGAACUACAUAUUGAUUCGGAGUGGCACAACCAUCGCCAUCUCAAAAUCAAGGUUGUUGAGAGCAUGUAA